AUGAAUCUCGCCCUAAUCGACCCUUUCGUCCUCGCGCAAGACUAUCCAGAUGCCCUGACAGGCAACCUACGCAGUGGACAUGCUACAUGUUUAAGAUUCAAUCGUAAGGGUGACUUCCUGGCCUCUGGACGGGUAGAUGGCACCGUCGUUGUAUUCGACGUGGAGACCAAUGGUGUAGCACGAAAGCUACGGGGGCACAGCAAACAGAUUCAAUCACUAAGCUGGUCAAGAGACGGUAGAUAUUUGCUCAGUUCCUCGCAAGACUGGAAGUGUGUGUUGUGGGAUAUGAAAGAUGGCACCCGCGUGCGAACUGUCAGAUUCGAAGCCCCCGUAUACAUUGCAGAACUCCACCCAUUUAACCACUGGCUCUUUGUCGCAUCGCUAUUUGAAGAGCAGCCAGUUCUCGUCGAUAUAUCCUCUCCACGGCCAGUUAAGCGCAUCCUACCAUCCGCUCCCCUUCGACCCCAGCUCUCCGAAGACUCAAACCCAGCAGUGGCCGCAAAACAAGCCGCACAGGACGCGAAACAUUCAACCUGUGUUACUAUCUUCACCGCAUUAGGUAACCACAUUAUCUCAGGCACCUCCAAGGGCUGGAUCAACAUCAUCGAAACUCAAACGUGCACCACAAUUCACUCAACCAGGCUUUGUAACGGUGUCAUUAUCCUCCUCCGCCUUGCCAAUAACGGCCGUGAUCUGCUCGUUAACAGCUCCGACCGCGUUAUCCGCACAAUAAUCAUGCCCGACCUGUCCCAGCUAGGCGUCAGCCUCGAUCCCUCCGCCAUAAAACUCGAGGUUGAACACAAAUUCCAAGACGUAGUCAACCGCCUUAGCUGGAAUCACGUCGCUUUCUCAUGCACGGGGGAAUUCGUCACGGCUUCCACCUUCAUGAACCACGACAUCUACGUCUGGGAACGUAGCCAUGGCUCUCUCGUUAAGAUACUCGAGGGCCCCAAAGAGGAGCUUGGUGUAGUGGAAUGGCACCCCAGCCGUCCAAUGGUGGCAGCCUGCGGUCUCGAGUCCGGAUGUAUAUAUACAUGGUCAAUAGUGAGCCCGCAAAAAUGGUCUGCCCUAGCGCCGGAUUUCGCCGAGGUAGAAGAGAAUGUCGCGUACGUUGAGCGCGAGGAUGAAUAUGACAUCCACCCCGCAGAGGAAGUGCAUCAGCGUCGUCUAGAUUUGGAAGACGAGGAGCCGGAUGUUUUAACCAUUGAGCCGGUUAAGGGCGAAGAAGAGGAAGAUGGGGGUGCAUUACAUGCUUUCCGCAUGCCUGUCUUACUCGAUAUAAGUGAUAGCGAAAGCGAGGAUGACAUUGUAGCUGUGGGGCCUGGUACGAUGCGGAGAAGAAGUCCCGGUGCUUGGAAAGAUUCGGUUAAUAAUAAUACUGGUGGUAGUAAUGGUGGUGAAAAUGGCCUUGCUGCUGUUACGAAUACUGGGGCGGGCCGGGGGGGUCAGAAUAAGGGUCGACGAAAGUAG